AUGCCUGUUCCAUUUUCCGCGUGGGAGAAGCUUAAGCUAGCUUUCCGUCUCACAUGCCUUGCGCCUUGGCAGAUAUUUGCCUCCAUAGUCCGUACCCUCUCCAUCGCCUGGGCUAGAGGCGUUCCGUCCCGCCUGUAUCUUGUGUGUGCAGUCGUCAAAGUGUUUCUCGGAACCUUCUCUCCCCGCCAGAUUCAAUACCUGUCUCUCCCGACCAAAGAUGCAUACAAAUCAUGGAUGAAGCAAAAGAUCGCCAAGGAAAAGAAGAUUGGAAAUACGGAGGCCAUUGAAAGACUUUCCUACGAUCUAGAACCUCUAGAGGACGGGCAUUCGUCAAUUCUUUGGAUUGGCGAUCGACGGAAAGCAAAGAAGGUCGUUCUGUUUUUCCAUGGCGGUGGAUACAUUUCGCCAUUGUUGCCUGGGCAUCUAGAAUGGUGUUGGAGAGCAUAUAUCGCUGCGGGCAUUGAGGCGAAAACCGAAGUCGCCGUGGCAGUCCUCGAAUACACGCUCUGCCCCGAGGCGAGGUAUCCGGUACAGCUUCGCCAGGCUACGAGCGCCCUAACCCAUCUUCUCUCCCAACAAGUUCGUCCUGGAGACAUUGUUAUUGGAGGAGACUCUGCGGGUGGAAACUUGACAGCCCAGUUACUGAGCCAUCUUGUUGAACCACACCCUACAGUCCCAAAGGUUACUUUGUCCGAGCCGCUGCAGGGUGCAUUCCUUGUCUCACCAUGGGUGACUCGACACACCAAUGAUGCAUCCUACUCGGAGAACUCUUGGAUUGAUAUGCUCUCGGGUCCGACUGUGGAUAAGUGCAGCAACGAGCUACUGGGGGCUGCAACGACCGACGAGAAUUAUGACAAGUCGGCCAACCUCGCAUGCCCCCUGGACGGGGACAAGUCCUGGAUGAAAGGAAUAACUUCUAUUCUCGAUCGAAUGUUCGUCACCGUUGGAAGUCACGAGGUCUUCCGAGAUCAAGCGGCGGCUUUCGUUCAUGAGGUGCAACAUUCAAACCCAGAGCUGAAUGUGCAGUUCGCGUUGCAGACCAAGCAGGCACAUGACUUUAUCUUGCUGGAGGCUCAACAGGAACGUGACGGGGAAUGCAUCCUGGAAAUGAAGGAAUGGAUGAAAGAUGUGUUGGCGAAGGAGAUUGAAAGUGGUUCGGAGUGA